AUGUCUGUCCACACCGCCCUGAACACCGUCAUCACCCCCGCUGCUGAGGCCGUGCCCAGCGCCUACACCCUGCUCAGGGAGCGGGUGCAGGAGGCAUACACCGUCCCCCCCCGCCCGGUGUUCGCUGUCGUGGAGCUGGCCGGCACACAGUACAAGGUCACCCCCAACGACACCAUCGUCACCGAGCGUAUUCCUGGCGUGGACGUGAACGACCGCAUCACCCUGGACCGGGUGCUGCUGGCAGGCACGGCAGACGCCACCAUCAUCGGCCGGCCGGUGGUGCCGAGCAUCACCGUCACCGCGGCAGUGGAGGAGCAAUUCCUGGAUGGCAAGGUGCUCAUCUUCCACAAGCGGCGACGGAAGAACUCGCGGCGAACCAAGGGUCACCGCCAGCCCCUGACCAUGCUGCGCAUCCUGGACGUGGAUGGCGUGGAGGGCAUGGGGGAUGCAUCCCCGGCAGGCACUCAAUGA